AGCUAGAAGAAGCUAUAACUAUGUGUGGGACAAAUAAUUCAAAAAAUAAGCGAAAGCUAGUGGAGAUCUUAUCUCAAUUUAACACGACUUCUAAGGAACAACGUCAAAAAAUUUAUAAAGAAGCUUGGAUGGGAGAAAAGGAGAAACGACAAGCUAUAGAACAGGAACAUAAUGUUAAUAUAAUUCAAGAGAAUAUAGAAUUUAUAUUAAGCGGAUGUAGAGUUAAGCUAGGAAAUAGCUCGGAAGCUACUAUGGUCGCAUAUACUGAAAUUGUUCAUCAUUUGGAACGCUUAGAUCUAGCGACGAUUAAACCAGAAGUUCCUUUAGCAUCUGGUAUUAUUGAUCUCUUUGGAAAUAAAGACCUAUUUGUAAAUUUGUUAUUGUCUAGGUCUAAGCAGAUUUUGAUGCACCAUGAGUUCGGCAAUAAUGAAUUUCCAGGAGAAAUUAAAUUCAUGGUGGAUGAUUUCGUAGACACGUAUAAAGAUCUGAAACCUGACUUUGAUCCUGUGUUAAUGCGACCAAUAGCCUUUCUACGAGGAGAAAUGUCUAUUGAAUCCAGACGUAUACUAAUGACGGUUUUUAACUUGUUAGAAGGAUUUCUAAGACCAUUAUUAACGGAAGAUGAUUACCACGAGAACUCAUAUGUAAUUCAUGCUAUAUCAAAGAUUUUAGAUCCAAUCUUCACAUAUUCGAAGUGGUCCCUUAAAC